GGGGACAGGUUCUGUACCAGUCCAGUGGGAGGUGCAUUGUGCGGGAGGUGAGGGCUCUGCUGGGGGACAGGUUCUGUACCAGUCCAGUGGGAGGUGCAUUGUGCGGGAGGUGAGGGCUCCGCUGGGGGACAGGUUCUGUACCAGUCCAGUGGGAGGUGCAUUGUGGGAGGUGAGGGCUCCGCUGGGGGACAGGUUACAAAGCCCCAUGCAGAGUCGUCCUCGGGAUCAGAGGGAGAUACUUCCUGAUAUACUAACCAUAACCCUUCCUGACUCUUUACUCCCCUUGUGAAGGAUAUUGAACAGAGACUCGGAGUCUUCUCAACUCAGCCAUGACAGACAAAGACAUCGAUGUGAAGAAGCCCAAAAGAAAGGUGGAUGUGUGCGGGUAUCCUCUCAGUAUCUUCUUCAUCGUGGUCAAUGAGUUCUGUGAACGUUUCUCCUACUAUGGCAUGCGAGCGGUGUUGGUCCUGUACUUCAGGUAUUUCCUGAAGUGGGAUGAUGACCUGGCCACCUCUAUCUAUCACACCUUCAUCGCUCUCUGCUACCUGACUCCUAUACUGGGGGCCAUAGUGGCAGACUCCUGGCUGGGGAAGUUCAAGACUAUUGUCUAUUUAUCCAUCGUCUAUACGGUGGGACAGGUCGUCAUGGCAGUAAGCGCCAUACACGACAUCACAGACACAGACAGGGACGGGACCCCUGACAACAUGACCUUCCAUGUGGCCAUGUCUAUGGUUGGCCUGUUCCUCAUUGCUCUGGGGACGGGGGGCAUCAAACCCUGUGUCGCUGCCUUUGGAGGAGACCAGUUUGAAGACCACCAGGUUGGUAACGCUAGCGGGCAGCCAUUUUAGAUUCGGUCUCUGCCG